ACCUUUCUCCUCAACCCACUGUAGCUGUUAUCACCUGGUAAGAUAGCUCUUACUGAUACCUGAAGAGAUGUCUCUCAGCUGAACCUUAACCCCCCCAUAUCAUUACAUAACUUUCUUCAUAAGAGGUCCCUGUGUGACUGCCAGAGGUGUCUGUACCUUUACCUGGCCUCGGCUGCUCUGUCAUCUCCUCUGAUGGUACAGCCUCCCUGUGCUGCUGCUGCACAUAAUAGCACACUUCACAAACACAGAGACAGAAGGAGAACAGGCUGCCAGGCAGACAGACGGACGUACGGUCGGUAUCAGACGGAGGGAAACACACACAACCAUGGGCUGCUGUAACAGAAGGCGCGGGCUGAUAGCUGGAGCUGUUUUUGGGGCGUUGUUAGCCAUCCUGGGAGGCAUCCUUAUCCCGCUGGGGAGCAGCAUCAUUGAGGGGACAGUUGAGGAGGAAGCCGUCAUUGAGCCUGGAACGACAGCUCAUGAGAACUGGGUGUCAGCAGGGGCAAAGGUGUACAGGCAGUUCUGGUUCUUUGAUGUGACAAAUGCCAAGGAGGUUGUGCAGAACGGCUCAAAGCCAGUGGUGGUACAAAAAGGACCUUAUACAUACAUGACAAGAUACCUCCCCAAAGAAAACAUCACAUUCUACCCCAACCACACUGUCUCCUUCCUGCUGCCUCUGGGAGCCAUUUUUGAGCCAUCCUUGUCAGUCGGACCAGAGGAGGACAUAAUCACUUCCCUCAACCUGGCUGUGGCUGGAGCUUAUUCAUUAGUACCCAAAUUUCUACAUGUUUUCCUGGAGAGGCGGAUGAAGGCAACCAACUCCUCCUUGUUCCAGCAGCGUACAGUUAAGGAAUUGCUGUGGGGUUACAGAGACCCCUUAUUGGGUGGAACUGUGGGCCUAUUUGCACCUUACAAUGGCACCUAUGAUGGUUACUACAAUGUCUACACGGGAAAGGAUGACAUCUCCAAAGUGGCAACAAUUGACAGCUGGAGGGGAGAGAAGAGCUUAGAUUUCUGGGACGACCAGUACUGUAACAUGAUCAAUGGGACAGAUGCUUCUUCCUUCCAUCCCUUUGUGGAAAAGAAGGAGGCUCUCUAUUUCUUCUCAUCAGACAUCUGCAGGUCUGUGUCAGCCAGCUUUCAGAAAAGCAUGGAUCUGAAAGGGAUUGAAGUGUACCGCUACACUCUAAAGCCAUCCACCUUGGCCGCCCCUACGGAAAACCCAGACAACAAGUGUUUCUGCAGAGAUCUAACGAUCACCAAGAACUGCACCAUGGCCGGAGUAUUAGACAUCAGCUCCUGUCAAGGCGGAAAACCUAUCUACAUCUCUUUGCCGCACUUCCUUUAUGGCAGUCCAUCCCUAACAGAGGACGUGCUGGGCCUCAAUCCCAGCGAGGAGCAGCAUUUCACCUUCCUGGAUGUGGAACCUACAACUGGAUUUACCUUAAGGUUUGCUAAGAGAAUUCAAGUGAAUAUGAUGUAUGGACCAUCAAAGAUCAUCACGGUGCUUAAGAAAGUCAAGGAUUAUACCAUAUUCCCUCUUGUUUGGCUGAAUGAGACGGCUGCACUGGAUGACGAAACAGCAGAAAUGUUUAAAGAGAAGCUUGUCUACCCUGUCCAGAUGUUGGAUAUUAUACAGAAUACACUGCUGGGCAUAGGUGUGGCCAUCUUCUUGAUUUGUCUCAUCUCCUACUGUGUGGUGAGGAGGAAGGAAGGAAAGCUUGUGUGAAUAAGUCAUGCAGACGUGUCUGAUGUGCGUGAGCUGCGGAGCACAGUGCAUACAAGCUGCUAUGGGACAUCAAACCUUUUGAUAUAGACUUGCACUUUUUUGUAAUUUCAGUGUUAUUUAUAACGUCAUACUUCCUUUGAUACAAGGGGGGGAUACUGUGAUUUUGUAAAGAGCUGAAUUACCUUGCCAAGUAUUAUUUAACUGCAAUUAUCACUGUAACAUACAAACUCAAUCAGGGAUUUCUAGAGGGAGAACAAGUGGAGACUCCUCUGAACUGUCAUGUUAUUAAUCCUUUAGAUAUCCACACACAGAGAGAAAUUGGUUUCUUCAACAAGCUAUAAAAGAAUAUAUAGUCAAUAAUGCAAAUUCUAAUCUUGCGCAAAUGUUCAUAUCCUUUGCAGAACUAGUGUCUUCAAAAUAAAUAAAAGCUGAAAAAGAGCUUUUCAUUGGGUUUCAUAUUCCUGGUAUUGGAUUGUUCUUACCCAUCACCAGUGUAUCAAAGCUAGUGUACAUCCCCCUGGGCCCAAAAUACAGCUGAGACUGUACCACUGCUGAAACAAACCUCUGCACUGUGCAUGCUGAGGCAAGAAUUAUUCAGUUUCCUCUUUACCUUGAGUGGUCCAUAAAUCAAAAAGAGUAAUAAAAAAUGGGCUGGGGGAUGAUUAUACUGUGGUUAUGACUGGUACUUGGGUUUGUUUGGUGAGAAAGCAGUAUUUCUGACCAGCAGGAGGCCUCUCUUUGGUUUUAUGGGUUUUAAAUGACCUUCUGUAGCCCCAUGGGUUUCUUUGAUUUUACUGUUGAGUCUGAAUCUUAUAUGUCACACAUACGAGGAAGUGCCUCACUGAGAUUAAAACAGACAAGGCUUUUGACAAGCCUGAAACCCUGUCAAGCUUCCAUGUUUUAUUAAACCCAUACAUUUUCAAAGUUGUCUAAAUUUUCUCUUCAUAGCAGUACAUUAGAACUGUUAUCAUAUAGCAUGCUAUGCUACACCAUGGAAUAUAUGAGAAAACAGAACAAAGUUGCAUUAACAGAGAGAGAAAGUUCUAAUUUAGAAAAUAACCCAGACUCAAAGAUGGCGCCUAUUCAAUCGAAUGAAAAUUGAUUUUAUUUUUCCGCUGCAAUACCACAAGUGACCACUAAAAAUUAGCGGCAAGACUGAGCAGUGCCGCCAUAUCCAGCUGUCUUAAUACAUCCAUGGUACAUAAGCACAGCAGUGCUUAAAUGCUAACGUCAACAUGCUAGCAUGCUCACACUGAUAAGGUUAACAUUCUGAUGUUUAUUAGGUAUAAUGUUUACCAUAUUCACUUUCAUAGUUUAGCGUGUUAGCAUGCUACCAUUUGCUAAUUAGCACUAAACACAAAGUACAUACAGCUGGGGUUGAUGGGAAUGUCUGAGGCUGAUAUUUUUGCUCAUAUUUAGUCAUAAACCAAAAUACUGGAUACAUUGAAAUUAUGACCUGAUAACUGUGCUUAAUGUAAAGUUUAAGGAUCACCAAAGUUUUAGGAUACAUCAUCUGGGUACCAUGAAUGUCUGUACAAACUUUUGAGCCACUCUAUUGAAUAGAUGUUGAGAUAUUUGACCAGAAUAGAACAACUUUGACCUGCUGGUGGCGCUAGCGGAAAGGUCAGAGGAUCACCAAAUAUUUCAGUCACGACCAAAGU